AUGCCGAAUCGCAACACACGGAAGAUAGAGUCAAGCGUUCUCCUCCGGCACUUCCUGAUCUUCUGGCUGAUCUUCCUGGGACACCGGCACAUCGUCGAGGCUAUGCGAUGCAAGAUUCCCUACGAGAGGGUCCAGGAAAACUAUUGCUACUUUGUGGCGAAUGAGGAACCUCUGCACACAUCGUUCCAUAAUUUCUGCUACCAGGAUAAAAGGACCUCCCGCGUUUGCGUGGACAGCGAGGAGGAGAUGCGUGUCCUGGCACAGCAUCUACACGAAACGGGUUAUCCGGAUGGAACCAAGUUCUGGAGCGCAGGCCACCGUUGGCCGAAGGAUAAUCGAUUCUACUGGAACUACUUUGGGCGAGCCAGACCAAUGAACUACACGAACUGGGCUUUGGAGGAGCCCACGCCCCAAAUGGGUCUCAACUGCCUGAUCCUUACGCUUAGCGAAGGAGAACUGGUAAUGAGCAGCGAGUCCUGCUACACAAGAGCAGUAGACAUUUGUGAGCAAUCGCUGGCCGAUAGUGAUUCGCGAUCCGUAAUCCACUAAUCGGGUGAUUUUAUUGAUAUACAUAUCUACAUGUGUACCUAAUAGUUUCAAACACAUUUAGAGCCUUAAAAAUACUUAUUAAUUAAUUAUAAAAUUGUAUACAAAUAGCCUGAUUCAAAGAUGGUGUAAUUGUAAAAAUUAGUAUAUGUAUCAAGUAAUAUGAGAAUAUAUAAUUAAUUAUUACCUAAAAAGUACUACCUAUAUUUGAGAAAAAGUUAAGGUUUCGUUUUAGUCAUAGAAAAAAUAACAUACAUUUAAUGUCUGCUUAAAACCUUUCACUCUUAAUAUUAACGAUAAUUUGACUUUAAUAUUUUCUUGAUUUCUAUAUAGGGGAUCAAGAAAAUAUAGAACCCGAGACAAAUGCGGUUUCGUUCUAUAUAUGUAUAAGUAUUUACUCUCGUAAAUAAAAAUAUACAUAUAGAAACGAAAAUAUAUACAUAUGCCUUAUCGUUCAAUUACACCUUGAUUAUAAAACAAUACCUCCUAGACUAUAGUUUGCUUUUUAUAUAUGUACUUAUCUUUCAAGGACAUUUAACAAGGAACAGUGGU